GAUCUGCAUACAAGAUGCACGCAAUGCAUACGAUGCCUUUUCUACGACAGGCGGCGCGCUUGCAAUGUUCUGGUGUAACGGAACAGGAAAUACGUGUGGAUCAUCCGCAGGAAUGCCGGGUAGCCGGUGUAAAGGCGAGUAAUUGCGCUCCUGCUGUACCGGAUGAAGAUACUACAUCGAGGGAAGUUCGGUACCAACAUGCCGCUCCUGGUGAUAGUAUUGAAAUUGCUGCACGUGUGAGUGUGACGCUCCAGAAUGCUGCAUGUAGUCUUUCUUCAAGGUCGCCAGCUGCUGUAAAGCCUCAGCCAGGACUUAACCUCGGGAGAAAGAGCACACGAAGCAGGAUGCUCCUGCGUUCCAUGGCCACAGGAUCGCCAAAUGCCUCCAGCUCCACGCCAGGAAAAGGUUGUGAAAAUCCUCGCGACCGGGUUUUUGAGGUUACCUUGUGCUAUGCCGGGGGUGUUCGACGUGUCCUGACGGUAGCGAAACUGAGUGAAGGUAGACUCCGUACCAUUGCAUCACCUGAUUUGCGAUCGCGCGCAAAGCGACUGUUCGGUGACGUGUGGACACAAAAGCUUUACCCAAUGCUCAAGCGGUUGCCGGAGCCUGAAAUAAAGCACUCUUGGGGAUCUUCGCAAGUAGGGGAAAACGAGCGAGCAGGUAUAUGGUACUUCUUUUCGUUAUUCCUCAUGGUUACUUUGAUGUUUUGACUUGCUGGCGUCCCCUUGAUCAUAUGACAGAGAUACUAUUUGCAUAUACAAGUUGACUUUCUCAUGACUUUCCAGCCAUGCGUUUGGGAGUCGAUUUUUCUUCGGUAUUCGACUCGCGCAUCUUCGUCUUCUUGCUGCUUAACAUAUCCAGGACUACCAUGGAGUACUCAUCAAUCCACAUUCUUGUUGCCGUCCAGUUUGCGUUUGACCUUAAUCUUCGUAAAGACGAUCAAGAUCAUAUCCCUCGUCCUCUUCUCAAACUCCAAGGUCCCUACGCGAAAACCUCACUCGACACUCCCCUAGUGCCAGUGCGAGCUAUAUUUGAUUCGGAUUUGGUCGCAUUUGAUAAAGCGACGUGCCAAGUUCCGCGUGCCAUCAGGCAACGUCCAUGGUAUCGAGAUCCGAGAUAUCACAUUGUGGCCGAAAAGGUAGAACACCCGCUGCAAGAAGCCACGGCGGCAGAGGCUGAAGAGAAUGUCCCUUCUGGUGCUGCACUACGAAAUGGAAAGGUUGUUGUAGUCGAGUAUGAAAAUGAAGCAAGAAAUUCUUCUGUUAAUGAUGAUCCUGUGAGGGAUGGUGGAGAAACGGAGAAGGCACCAGCAACCUACAUGUCGAUCGUGACCAGUUCCAAAAAAGUGCCAGUCGUGGAGCAUGCAGCCGAAUUGAGUUCAGUCGAGAAUCGCCAGCAGCUUGCAAAGGGCAUGCGCGAGCUUAUCGCUCUGGAUAAAGAAAGGAAUAUCGAGAUGAACAACUCUAAUCACGACAUCAAGCCAGAACCUCGGAGUGGCGCCACGUUUGCUGCAUCGAAUUUUGGUACUUCAUCCGCGUCAGAGCAAAGUGGCUCUGGGCAACAUCAGAGGGAUGUCAGCUGGAUUUCUGAAGAGCGUCCGGAAAGAUUAUGUAGAACUGGGAGAGAGCCAUCGGAGAUUACUGACCAGAAAACCGCUAGAAACAGAAAAAAACUAACAAUGCCUUCAGGCGUUGAAUAACCCAACACCGCGCCCCUCAUUAAGAGCGGGGCGCCGGCCCCACUGUAAUAGGAAGACCACGAGUACGCUCCAGGCGCUUGCUUCUAGAGCAAGCGGACGCCUUCCCCCGGUCCCACCAGAUGGCCGUCGGACCCUGAGGAGCGGCCCCCCCGGACUCCUUGCCUCUGUAGGCUUGGCGCUCCCCACAGCAGUGAGACGCGGCCAUCUUUGUCGCACCUUGGUCAAAAGGACCGAGACCAUCCAACCAAGGACGCGGCACUGGAGCAGAGGCGUCGGCUUCUGCCUCGGGGUGUCCCUUGGCGUGGUGCAUCAGCAUCGGCUGAAGGUGGCAGCCAGCCUCCCCUUGAACGUCCUCGAAGAGGGUGCGCGAAAAAAUUUUUUUGGGCACCAAAGGGGGGCAACCCCUUGGCCCCCUCUCUUUUCGUUCGAGCGCCUCGGACGCGACUAGGGUCUCCAUUCUAGCGCUUCGGACGGCCCUCGUUGCCCCACCCCCUUUGGUCCCAUUCUAGCGCUUCGGACGUGGCUCGAGGGAAGCGCCUAGCCGCCCGCCAGAGGGAGCGCCGCAGGCUUGCGGGCAGACACGACUAACUGCCUGGCGAUCCCUCUGCCAACGUGCUGCCAAGUGUUCGGAAUGUGUGAGUUGGCACAUUCUUGAAGACUCCACACGCAUCGAUCGCGGGGGCCCUCCCAUUUCUUGGGCGCCCUCCUUCCGGUGUUCGGGUCCUCUUGCUGGUCGGUUGGCGCUGGCAAAGCGUUGCGGCUUGCUGGUAGAGCGGGGCAAGCUCGUGCGCAGUGGCCCUUGGCCCGCGCGUGGGGCAGGGGGAACUCAGAAACGCAGCAGAGGCGGUUCCGCUUGAGUGAUCGGAUCAGCCUGCAACGCGCAGGGCGAGCCUCAACGUGCAUUUUUACUUUUUUUCUGAUUGUAGCGCUUUAUUUCCCUUUAGUAAGAUGAAAAAAGAGCUAGUUCGUGAAGCCAACUUCAAGAGUUCGGGACCUUCGUCUUCAUUGAACAAGGAUCCCAGUUUUGUAAAAACUACUGAGGCGAGGAAGUGGCACCACGACGACAGGCAUGAUGUGGAACGCGCAAGAAGUAAAAUCGCUCGAGCACUUCUGUUCAGAUUACGAGCAGAGCAGCAUCCGGAGUUUGAAAGACUAUCCAAACGCGAUCGCAAGUCUACAUUUGCUAGAGUGCUUGCGAGAAGAUACAUGGAGCGAGGCGAACCGAUUUUCGAUGUGAGAAGCCGAAAGCGGGGACGCUUGAUGGUGCAAACAAAGCAGGACCAUGUUGAUGCUACUAUAAAUGGUAGGAGCGAGCGUUGCGGGCGCGUGGGAAGAAAAACCAGGAGCGUGACGUCCGUGACUGCUCAAGACGAAAAAAAAUCUAAUGCUUACUAUGAAGAGAGUAAGGCUGUGCAUGUUGAACAAGUAGCUGAUGGCAAAGUACAUGAGGGUGCAGAAGAUCAUGCUGUAGCAGGCGAGGCUUUGCGGGGGAAGACCAGGACGAACCAUGCCAGCGCACCACGCAAAGAAGCAAGCAUAGCAGAUUCUGAGGAAGAGCGUUCAUGGUCAGCAAGGAGAUUCGAGGCGGAGAUCUGUUCUCGCGUGGACAUAAUUUUGACCAAGAGGUUGGAGAGGCAGGCUCAGGCUUUCGAGAGCUUCGUUACGCAUUAUUUUGAUGCUCCAGGAUCAAGACGAUCCGUUGCAGAAGAAAACUACAAAGAGAAGGAUGAGAAGCACAUUCGUUUUGUCGCUGCAAAGCGAGAUUCUCAAAUGACUUUUGACGAUGUCCGAAGCCUCAGCAAUGUCAAAAUGAACGAGAAGGAUAUUAAUAUUUCGAAACCAGGAGAAGACUCAUCUGAGAAUGCGUCUAAAAAGAGUUGUAACAAAGAAGUUUCAAAUUCAAGACCAAGUCCAAGAAGAAAGAUGAGGAGGGGGGAUCCUGACAGACGGAUUCCCCUAGAGAGGACCUAUUGUGCUCCUGUCAUGCGGGCGCAGCUCAACCCCUCGUGGUCGGUGCUGGGACGGUCGUGGCUGCUCCUGACAUAUGAGCAAAUGAGACAUUCCACUCGGGACCGUAUGGCCAGGCCCAAGAUGACAUCAAACAACACAGCCUCUCCUACAAGUACAACAUCAUCUGCUGAAGAUGCUCCUUUUGCAGGUAUUGAGAUCCAAUUUGAAAUGCCUGCGCUCAUCCAAUGCAUUGUAAGUCUCGGGAGAAAGUUCGGCAUUUUUCGGAAUCCACGUUCAUCUUCCGACAUGAAAAAUAACGUACAGAAAACUAUGAACAUCUAUAAGAAUUCUAAUGCAAGAACUGCAUCAGCUACAACAUCGUCUUCGUCUACAAGAAACGGGCAGAGUACUCAGGAAGAACGACACACAACUUCCGAACAAGUUACAACACUUCACGAGGAAAUUCUGCGGACACUACGCAGAGAGAGGACACAUUCUCUGAGUGUAUUGUGUUUGGGCGCAUUGCUUUGGGCUUCUACCUACUAGGUGCAGUUGCUGCCUGGUAAAGUCUAGAGGAUGCAAGAGCAGAGUUCCUCCCGUGAUGGAUUGUCAUCUUCCUCUUCCUCUUCGUCACUCCAGUUCAAAUUUUCGCUAUCACGUCAAUGUUUGUUAAAAGCUAGUUGCGUCUUUUCACUUUCACUUCUCCUUAGUGAUUUCCAUUUUGUUUGUCUCUUUUUUUUCAUUCAUAUGUUCUCCGUUGCUGCUUCCUUCUCGAUAAAAACUGUCAGAACCAAAAUUGUCUAAUGGCUGCAAGCCUCACCCUACGGAAAAUGGGUUUUGCGCUUUUCGCGCAGAAAGUAGGUAAAAGACGUCUAGAAGUGCAUAAUUUUGACAUGCCCGUAUGUUGUUCGAAAAAGUAUUGACAUCGAAAUACAUACACAACAUGAC